AAUUAUUCGAUCAUAAAAAUCGUAAUUAUUAUAGUUGAUUUAGUCUUAGAUAUUAUGUUUAUUAUCAUGGGUAUACCUGAAAAACCUCAUUUGUUUGUUUUCAGUCUUUUAUCGGUUAUAAUUCCAAUCGUAUUUAAUACGAUGAUGACUACUUAUUCAUUAAUUCAAGAAAUGAUUCAUAAUGAUGACUUUAAUAAUUGGUGUAAAAAACAUGGUUUUACUAUAUCAAUGUUUACAAUAUUAUCAAGUGCUGAUGUUGAAGCUCUUCAUAUAUUAUCAUCUAAAAUUGCUGGAUUUAACGCUUUUUCUGCUCCUCCAUUAUCAAGUAGAAUAUCAAGAAUAGUAUUUUGGGCUGGUUGUAUUAAUAUUUUUUUGGAAGAUAUCCCACAAUUUAUUAUUCAGAUCUAUUAUAAAAGAGAUACCAUUGUUUAUACAAUUAUACCCACUCUCUCACUUAUCUCAAGUUCUGUUACAUUAUGUAUUAGUUUUUUUGGGAAACUUUAUUUCUUUUUUAUGUAUUUUUAUGGAAAUAAGAAAUCUAAUAGAUCUCAGAAAUUGAUAGAAGUUAUUUAAUUAAUUUAUCUAAUGAUUAUAAUUGUUCAAUGAUUUUAAUUUAAUUGUAAAAGAUAUUACAAUUAUCCUUAUAUUAAC